AUGUAUGGUCCUCGUCCCCAACCUCCACCCCUUGAAUAUAGUUUGGAAGAUUUCUUGAAGCACCAACCUGCCAAGUUUGAUGGCAAGGCGAGACCUGACCAUGCAAACCAGUGGAUGAAGGAUAUGGAGCACAUCUUUGAUGCCAAGAGAUGCCCCAAUGAGAAAUACUUCCCAAACAGCGUGAGAUACGCAAAGGAGGUGGAGUUCCUCCAGCUGACACAGGGGGACAAGUCAGUGGGCGAGUACGCCGAGAGGUUCAAGCAUCUGGGGCGUUUCUACACCAUGCCGCUCGAUGAGGAGUGGCGUUGCAGAAAGUUUGAGAAUGGUCUUAGAGGAGACAUUCACUUGAUGGUAGCCCCACUUUCCAUCAAGGACUUUGCGGCCUUGGUGGAAAAAGCCAGAGUCAUGGAGCGAAUGAAGGUAGAGGUAGAAGCCCAGCAACAGCCACAACAGAGGGUUAGCAGAUCAUCUAGGUCCAGGCUGAGAGUUGAAGAGAAGAAGAAGUCGAUCCAGUGCCAUCAUUACGGAGGACCACAUGUGAAGAGUUUUUGCCCGCAGCUAUCUGGGUUCCGCAGGUUCAACCAUUGUGGUAGGGAGGGCCACUUUGGCAGAGACUGUCCGACCUUGAGGAGGACCGUGGCACGACCUUCAUCACAGACUCCGAGUCAAACUCAGCAGAGGAGGGGAGGCAGCAGGCCUCAGGCAGCAAGCAGGGUCUAUGCGAUGACGGGGUCAGAGGUAGUGGGUUCAGGUAACCUCGUCGUUUGUUGUUGUGUGAUUUAUGGCAAGUCUUGUUGCGUGCUUUUUGAUUCUGGAGAAACACACUCUUUUGUGUUGGAGUCUUGUGUGCGGGAGUUGGGUCUGUCGGUGUGUGAACUACAGUUUGAUCUCAUGGUAUCUACUCAGGCAUCUGGGUUGGUUAGGACUUCUGCAACUGGGAAUGUUUUAUUUUAA